CAUAGUUCUGGGGUUGACUGCCUCUUUUGCCAGUGGUGCCUAGAGCAGAGCACUCAGGCUUGGCCGCUGCAGCAAGUGCAGAGCCUGGGUGCAUCCAGUGCCCCAUAUUUUGUCAGGCAAUGCUGUCAGCACCAGCUCUUCAGAUGCAGAAGUCUCUGACCCAAAUCUGAUCCUGGAUGUACUCCUCAGGAGGAUGGCAGUCCAUCUGUGCCCAGCAAGGCCGUGUGCCUUCCUUGACAUGCUCCUGCUCACCCUCUUACCUAUGCUCAGCUCUGUCCUCAUCACAGAAGAAGAGGCUGCUCUUCUGGCCAAGGCAGCUCAAGAUAUUAUCUGCUUUUCCCGAACCUUUGAGGAUCUCACCUGCUUCUGGGAUGAGCCAGCACACGUGGAAAGGCAACAGCGCUUCUUUUAUACAUACAAAGGAGACAGAAGCCGAGAAUGCUCUCCGAUCCUAGUGAAACACAGUGCAAGUGGCCAGCGUCAUGUCUGCAUCUUUCCCAGUGACCAUCAUGGCAUCCAACUCUUCAGAGAACUCUGUGUUGAGGUGUUGGACACUGCUAGCAAUCGCACCACACAUUCCCAGAAACUCUCAGUAGAUGCUGUUGGUCUCAUUGCUCCACCAACGAAUGUAACAGCUGUGUGGUCUGGGCUGGCACGAGAGCUGCAGGUGACAUGGGUUCCCCCACCCAUCAGCUACAUAGAGUUCUUGGCCUAUGAGGUUCUUUAUAGAGCUGAAGGCACCGGGGAGCGACCAUCCAGGAUGGAGGUGAAGUGCAGUCCUGCAUGCCAGCUCAGGGACCUGCUUCCUGGGCAGCGGUACCAUAUCCAAGUCCGCACUAAGCCUGAUGGCCUCUCUUUUGAUGGGCUCUGGGGACCCUGGUCUCAAGUGGUGUUAGCAGAGACACCCCACCUCCCUGGAGAGAUUGGCCUACACUGCUUCACUCCAGACUUGCACCAGUUGCACUGCCAGUGGGACUGGAGUCCCACAGAGCCCGAUGCUUCUCAGAGCCACCUAUACUGGGCAGAAGACAACAGCAACAAGAAAAGAACACAAGUGUGGCAGAAGUGCGAGGAGGAAGAGAAAGUCAAGCUCCUCGCUUAUCCCUAUUCCCAUGUCUGUACCUUCCAGCCUAGCAACUCUAGUUACAUCUCUGUCCUGGUAACGGUCACCCAAGAUCAACAAGAAGUCAACUACUUGGAAGAGCCAUUUGAACUGCAUCAUGUGGUGCUCACUGCACCCCCAAGGAUCCUGCAAUCCACUGUAAACAGGGGUACAAUAAAGCUAGAGUGGGCCUCACCUCUGGAAAAGUUGGCUGAACACUUGGUGUAUCAGAUACAGUAUGCACCACAAGACACUUUGAAAUUGAAGACUCUGCAGGUGCAGUACUCAAACAACACUGAAAUCCACCUAGCCAAUGUGGGUUGCUACUGCUUUCAGCUUCGUACUCAGCCAGAUGGACAGAUGUUCCGAGGCAGGUGGAGUGCCUGGUCAGAAGCUGUGUGCAUUGAAAUCCCACCUGGGGCAGAUUCAAUCAUCUUGAAUGUGGCAGUUCCACUGCUGCUCUGUGUAGGACUUGUGCUGGGGCUGGGGUGCACCUGCCUUUCCAUUUACAGCAGCGUGAAACAAAAGCUCUGGCCACCCAUUCCAGACCUUCACCGUGUCCUGGAUGGAUUCCUUGAGGAUAAUGGCAAGCAACAGCAGCAGAUGAAUGCUUUCUUCUGCAAUAAGACUUUAGAAGAUGUACCUCUGACUUGCCUACUGGAAGUGCUAUCUGGAGUGCCCCUGGAAACACCAAACUAUGGCCCUCUCCAAGACACCAUUUCAAUGCAGCAGGCAGAAUGGAAUAGCCAGCCUUCUUCCCACCAGCAUUACAUGGUGCUGAAUCCUUGCAGACCUCAAGGGGGGCAUAAUGAAAUUGAGUAUUUUGAUGGUACAGAUGAUGGAUAUGACAGCCUCCCAUUGUCAUUGGAACAUGAUCCAUCCAUCCUUUCAGAUCCUAAGACUGAACUAAGUUCCUUCGCUUUGUUUGGCACACCACUUUCAGCUCAUGAGACAAAAGAGGAAAGAAAAUGGGAAGCUUCAGGGGAUCAGUCCACAUCUGCCACACACAUAUCAAACCAGUCUUACCUACUGAUGGGCUGAUUUGCAUGGGAGAAGAUUAGGUCCUGUGGAUGUUUGCAGUAUAUUAACAGCAAUUUAAAGUUGUGGGGCAACUGCUUUGUUAACAAAUCCUGCAACUGAUAUAUUCUAUUUACUUACUGUCCUAACAACAUUAGACUGAGGGAUGGGAUAUAAAGUGAAUGCAGAUAUGCCCACAUGGCACUUUGUAACCAAGUGGUAGCAUAGAUUUCCAAAUCUAGUACAAGCUGUGCCCAUUAAUUUAUGAUUGAUUUAGGAUUGUUUAUCCACAGGCAUUGCAUCUAGACAGCCAAAAGCACAUAACAAACCCAUUAAUGCUUUCCUUAGCAAGGAGUAGGCCAAAGUGGUUAGUUGACUGGGAUGUUUUAGGAGAGGCAUAAUAAACAAGUCAAUUGCUGAAAUUAAUUCAUUUAUCAUUGGGAAGUAUUUAGAGACAGAGCUAUAUAAUAAGCAUAUGAGGGUGAACACAAGAAUAUCAAUAGCAGCUUGGUAAUGUGACCAGCAAGUCACACUAAAGAUCAUAUCUGUUUGCUCCACCUUUAACCUCAUUUUAAAUCACACUAGCCACAACUACUUCCUGUAGCUGAGGAAUCAUGUUAUUUACAUCAACAGCACUGCUAGUGCAUAAAACUAUCAUAGAGGGACCUCCUCCUAUUCCCAGAUAGUUUUGCAAGCUAUUUUGCAUUGAAAACAACAAGACAAUUGUUUGAAUGAAUAAUGCAGCAAUCUUGUGUGUGCAUGUGUAAGAGUGAGAAACGUGAGAAGAGAGAGAGAAGCAGUUUAAGGGCCUAUUGCUGCUAGAAGCAUCACUAGUGUGAUUACUGUAUCUGUGAAGAUUUCUACCAGCCUAAUCUCCUUUGGAAAGCUGUCCCAUGUCCAUGUGAAGCUCUGCCUGGAACAAGAAGGGAGAGCAAGGCUGAAAGUGGAAUCAGCGCUACAAUUGCUGGUUUCUUUUACAUAGAAGGAAGAAUUCAGGUGUAUCCCAUGGGAGGAAAAAAUACAUGGUAACUGCUGUUUUAAUGUAAUACAUUCAUGCAGUCCUAAUUUCACUAGUUUCUGAUUUGGGUACCAGCUAGGUCACUGGAGAUGUUGUCUGCCUUCAGUUGAAAACACCUAGAAGAUAGGGAAGUCAUAUUUCAGACAGUAUAGUAGACAAACGGCUUUCAAGAUGUUUGCCAGUAUGAUCUUUAUUUUAAAAGUAAAUGCAAUCCUGUGAAGCUAGAUUUUAGGAGAAUGCAAGGCAUAAUUGGUUUAGUCAAACUAAAAAAAUGUGGGGUAUGUAUUGCAAAUCACUGCCAUUGACACAUCUGUUACAAUUUAGGUUUGGCCCUGCUGUGUUGUUAUUAGAAGUAUUGAUUGAGGCUGAACAACUAUACCUACCUACAAGUCAUGUGUAAAAUAUUUAUUAUCAGUGAAUAAAUACACACAUACUCUAAAACAAUAAAGGAACAAUGAAUUGAAGUAUCCUGUUUUGCCAAUUGAAUUGAUUGCUUCAUUAGUGUCUAAUUCAGAAGAGGUAAUGGAUUUUAGUUACAUUUAAUUCAGCAAAAACUGUUAUUUUUUGUAUAUUAGAUGGCCCAACACCUUUUUGAUAAGGGUUUAAUCAAAUUGACCAAUUGUUGGAGGUUUAAUACAGGUUAUGCUUCUCUUACUCCUAUGUUUUGGCUCAAUGGCAGUUGUUUUGUGGGAAGAGGUAAUGAUGCAAAUAAACUUUGUGAUGGAAAAUUAAUAUUUAUGGGUAUGCAUAUUCUGACUAUCUUCCUGUCUCUUGGAACUUAAUACAAGAUCAACAUAAAUGGCCUUUCCACAUCCCUUUGACAGCUGAAAGACUAGUAUUAGAACAUUGGAAGGACAAAUAACCACCUGCAAUAACAUAAUACUGUAACUUGAUGAAGCUCUCAAUUUCUGUAUUCAUGGUUUUUAAAUGUCAUCUGGCUUUGUUGAAGGAUAUGCAUGAUUGUCCGUAGUAACUGUAGAAUAUACAUAAAAUAUACGUAUUGUACAUAGAAUGUAGUCAUUGUAAUCGAUUCAUAUUUCAUGUAAGAAAAUGGUAAUAGUUAAUCUUAUUUUUUUUACUUUUACUUUUGAAACUUAUAAUAAAAAUUAAAAGAGCAUUGCAAA